AAUGUACCUACUGAUCCUGGUAGGGGUCAGUGAAAGGUCAAUAUUUACAGCUGUGAUACAGUGACUGUAGAGUGCCUGACAGUUGCUUACAUCAGUACCUACAUUGAUUAGCACAUGAAAAUCAGUAUAGUGUACAUGCUGUGGUUACUGUAAGAUUGUCUGCCAGUGUGAAUUAACAGGUAGCAGCAUCUAUUGUACUGGCGACUAACAACAACUUACAAGGGCAGGUGCUCUCACCAAUUAUCUGGCUACAAUUGAUUGAAAUGCCACGUGGAGUUCUGUACUAUUUGACUGUGUUGUGCAGUAUGAUGUCUUGAGAGAGUUUUCUGCUGACAGUUAUACUGCCGAUUAUAGUGUACACAGUCACUAGUACUGUAGCUGAUGCUGAAGUAGAUACUCAGGGUCCCCGUGUACAAACAUGCCGAUACUGUGAUCUAGAAAUGUCUGUGUACCUAUAGACUGAUGCACAUGUAGCAUUCUCCAACACAUCUGGUGUGGAUUUUAACUACCAACCACUGGUGAGGUAGCCUGUCACCAACUCUUCUGAGUUACUAUUUAGAAGGAAGAAAAUCACUCUACAACAUCUGCUGUGACUUUAUAUAAAUGUACGACUGUGUAUCACUGCAGCACUCAUUUUACAACUUGCCAGCAAACAUGUUCAAUCUCUUCAUGUCUACAAUGUUUCUGAACACCCUGACACCCAAAUUCUACGUGGCUUUAACAGGGACAUCGUCAUUGAUAUCAGGGCUGAUAUUGAUAUUUGAAUGGUGGUAUUUCAAGAAGUAUGGAACAUCGUUUAUAGAGCAAGUAUCAUUGAACCAUAUAUCUCCGCUGCUUGGUGGUGGAACAGAGGGAGCCACCAACGACAAUAACAACACAAACAAUGUCAACAACACAGGAAACAACACUACACACCAACAGACCGUACCGGAAUGUAAAGUGUGGAGGAAUCCAUUAAAUCUAUUCCGUGGUUCGGAAUAUCAGCGAUACACAUGGGCCAAGGGAAAGGACCCGCUCACGUAUUAUGAUAUGAAUCUAUCGGCCCAGGAUCAUCAAACUUUCUUCACCUGUGAGGCAGAUGCUGGCAAACCAGAGUACGAAGUGAUGCAGAGAGCGUGGCGAGAAAGGAACCCUCAGUCGAGGAUAAAGGCUGCUAAAGACGCAGCAGAAAAAAAUCCAGAUUGUCCAACAGCAAUUAUACUCCUGGCUGAAGAAGAUACUAGCACCAUAGCAGACGCAGAAAAAAUGUUUAAACAAGCGUAUAAAGCUGCAGAAGUGAAUUAUAGAAAAUCUCAACAAACACAACAUCAGAGCUCACAACACGAGUCCACACAUCGCCGGGAUACCAAUGUUAUAGUGUAUAUUAAACGGAGACUAGCUAUGUGUGCUAGAAAGCUGGGUCGAACAAGAGAGGCAGUCAAGAUGAUGCGAGAGCUCAUGAAAGAAUUUCCAAUGUUGAAUUUAUUCAACAUUCAUGAAAAUCUUAUAGAUGCUUUAUUAGAGCUACAGGCCUACGCAGAUGUACAAGCUGUUCUAGCAAAAUAUGAUGAUAUCAGUUUACCAAAGUCAGCCACUAUAUGUUACACAGCAGCACUUCUAAAAGCCAGGGCAGUAGCUGACAAGUUCACUGAUGCUUCUGUCAUCCAUAGGUUUUCACCAGAUAUAGCGUCCAAACGUGGCCUAAGUACAGCUGAAAUGACAGCAGUCGAAGCCAUACAUAGAGCUGUAGAGUUCAACCCACAUGUACCUAAGUAUUUACUAGAGAUGAAGAGCCUCAUUUUACCUCCAGAACAUAUCCUCAAGCGAGGCGACAGUGAGGCUAUAGCUUAUGCCUUUUUCCACCUCCAACACUGGAAACGAGUUGAAGGUGCUAUAAACCUAUUACACUGUACAUGGGAGGGCACAUUUCGAAUGAUUCCUUAUCCUUUGGAAAAGGGCCACCUCUUUUAUCCCUAUCCCACAUGUACAGAAAGUGCAGACAGAGAACUUCUUCCUCCUUAUCAUGAAGUGUCUGUCUAUCCAAAGAAGGAACUGCCAUUUUUCAUCCUAUUCACAGCUGGUCUCUGUUCUUUUACUGCUCUGCUGGCCCUUCUAACACAUCAAUACCCAGAGCCCAUGGGUGUCAUUGCCAAAACAGUGCUGAACUGGCUGUAUAUGCCCAUCAGUUAUAUACUAGAGAAGCUGGAGGCCAUUUUACCUUCCAACUUACUACAUCAGCUGUCUCGGAUUUGACUAGGCCACCUGGCCACCAGUUGGCAAGGUCACACUGUCUAGUAAACAUGACCAGUGUGUCUGAAGCUGACCAUGAACAAUAGACUUUGAUAAACAAAACAUGUACUUUAAGACAAGAACUUUCUAGUUUAUGGUUGAUGAAGAAUAUGGUUGAUUAUGGAAAAUCUCAAUUUAAGUGAUGCAGAUGUGUUAUAUGUAUACAUGCUGUGAAGUGUCAGAAACCAAGGCAUCAUUUACACCACUCAUAGACUACUGUUGUUGGCUAUAUGUUACAGUUUUAGCAUAUUGUCACAGCCCUUGAAACUAGCUCUUACUACCAAUCCUAGCUCUCUGAUUGGUGGAAAUAUUCCACAGAUUAUCAGUGACAACAAACACCUGAGUGCAGUUGUAUGCUAUAUACAGUGUUAUACAUACUCUUACUGGGAGACAAGUAUUUAUACUAAAACAUAACAGACACACUUCAUGAACAUAUUCAGAUUGAGAUUUGCAUCGAGUAUGAACUAGCAUUGCUCUGGUUAAUUCAUGAACAGAUAGAUAUCAGCUACCAGCAAUAACAACACUGUAAAACUUAACUGUUUAUUUACAAACUUCAAUAGGUUACAUUAUCAACACCAUUGAAACAGUGACACCUUUCCAGAAACAUUAAGGAUUUAGGGAAGGGGAGUAACUCUGCUGGGUCUUUUCUUAUCGAAAUAUAAUACUGAUUGCUUGAAACUUACUGGUUCAGAAAGUUAUAUCAUCAGCUGUCAAGAAACUUGUGUGAAAGAGAUGAAACAAAUGUAGAUGUAAAUCUAUCCAUCAAAGUCAGUCAUGUCUCUUCCUCAGACUUCUAUUUCACCAAAAAGAAUAGGAAUUUUUGCAUUUUAAAAUUUGACAUCAAAAAUUGAAACCUAAUGUGAUAAACAAACCAUUGAACUUACAAAAAAAUUUUCUGUAAACACGAUAGAUCUGAUGAUCAAAAGAGAAAUGUGUCACUGUACGAACCUCAUUGGACUGGAUAUUAUUUUACUCUGUUGACAGCUGUUUAAUUUCAGGGUACGAGUUUUUGUUUUCUGUGUUAGAUAGAAAUGUGGUCUCUAUUAUUGAACUAUUUAUCCACAGGGUACUCAAAUGUGUUCAUUACAUAUAUAUAACAGGUCAGUAUUAAGUCAAUUUAGUGCAAGUGUUUUCUGUGGUGUAAGUAUCAUUCUGUUCUGUGUUUACUAUGACACAGCAAAGGUACAAUCCAUCCCAGUGACAGGUGUCCUACUUCAAGUGUAAUAGUUUCAGAAUCUCUAACAAAGUCAGUGAUUUAUGCUUUAAGUGCUUCAUUACAUGCCAUCAACAUUGUUUUUAUCUCCAUUGGUUUUUUCCCCAUCCUUGUUGACAAAUAUAAUCAGGAUGGAAUUCCAUUUUCAACCUGUUUAUGUUUAUUAUGUGUUACCUCCCUUUGUUUCAUACCAUGAUAUCCACUGUUUAUGUUACAGUGUACUUUUGUUCCACAGGGACUGAAAAUAAGUAUGUUUUUUUAUCUGAACCACUUGGUGGCAACGUCUUGCUUUUGUACAUUUGGGAACAAUAUUCCAGUUGUGGUACCAUGCUUUCCAUACCCUUGGUUCCUAUUAGAAAACACCUGGUACUGUAUUAAAGCUAAAGUGAUAUUUCUGUAAAGGAUGGAGAGAGUUGUCUACUAGUGUGUUGACUGUACAAGAGUUACUUCCCUUGGCCUUAGGUUUGCCAGUGUAUGUGUUAUGAUCUAUAAAAAGCUGUACUCCAACCUACCACUAGUGUUAGAUGUAACAGGUGUAGGCUAUCCAGCUAUUGAUCUGUAUCAGCUUUCUCCCACAAUAACCUGUCAUCAUUUCAUCACAUACUCACAACAUGGGGAUGGGGGAUCCAAUCAUAUUUUACACCCUUCCUUCAGCUAAGAGAUAAAUUACAGGAGAUCGCCACACACAAUGAUUUGUGUAGGACCUAUCAGGGGUUGAUCCUUGAAAUGUCUGACCUUGUAAUCUUACAAUGAAGGUAUCACCUCUCCUGGGUGAAGGUAAUUAAACAGUAGUGCAUUACUCCCCAGGGGGAAAUAACUCUAUGCCAAAUACCACACCUGGUCCCUGAGGGUUUAAUGAGAGAGUUGAGAUGGCUAUAGUAGGUAUUUGUCUGCGAGACUAUGGGGCUCAUGCCAAAUUCUUUUUGCCGACACAAGCAGUUUACGAAAAUGUACAAUUCAAUUUCUGUGAACCCUGAAGUACAAAAUUUUGAAAAUGUAUAUUUUGGAGGUCCUGACCUCAUCAAAUGAAGCACUGUCACUCAACAGACCACCUGGCUUUAAUGUGAGAUAAUGGUCAGUUUUGUAAGUUUCAAACAUAUUGAUUGUCAUAAUUAGAGGAUUUAUGAUUUAGUCAUGAAUUGUCAAAAUAAGUAUUAAUUUUAUUUUUAUGUUUAUGUUGGAAAGAUGUAUACCAGAAUCAUUGAUUAAGAUUUCUUUAGGAUAAGUCGGGUGAAUAAUUUGAUCUGUUUACCUUAAUUAGUGUCACUUUACCUGUGUAGAUCUUUACCUGUAAAUUUAACUGGCCAAGGCAUUUCACCUUUAGGCAGAUUAGUGGCGAGACAGGAAUUUGUUUUUGUUUAUGUCCUGGUUGAUUGGCAUGUGGGGAGUGUUUUAUUUGUCAUAAGAUCAGGGAUUAGGUUUGAAACUAACGUGGUAAUUGAAAUUCUCAGGAACCCACCAGAUAGGUAAACAGGUUACCUAGCUCUCAUCUCACGGAUGGAGGAUUUUUUCAAUAUUUUGUAUAUUCGUUAUUGAAUGAUGCACAACUUCACUUGAUUAAAGAGCCUAUAAAGCAGCAUUGAAUAACCACACAGUAUUGAAUAAAUUGCUACGGGUAUUUAUAUAUUUAGUAGAGUUUCAUUGUCCAACAAAUAUCAACAGUGAAUGUUUUUUAAUUUCAUAAUGAUGCAACUAAGCUGUUAUGAUCAUUUAGGUUUCUGCAAGGAAAAGCCACAUUGUUUCUAGGAGUACAAUCCAUUGUGGUUGCUGAGGACAUAAUCUGCCUUGGUUUCUGAGGAGAUAAUCUGCCUUGGUUUCUGAGGAGAUAAUCUUCCUUGGUUUCUGAGGAGAUAAUCUGCCUUGGUUUCUGAGGAGAUAAUCUUCCUUGGUUUCUGAGGUAACUUGCCUUGGUUUCUGAGGAGGUAAUCUGCCUUGGUUUCUGAGGAGGUAAUCUGCCUUGGUUUCUGAGGAGGUAAUCUGCCUUGGUUUCUGUGGAGUUAAUCCGCCUCGGUUUCUGAGGAGUUAAUCUGCCUCGGUUUCUGAGGAGGUAAUCUGCCUCGGUUUCUGAGGAGGUAAUCUGCCUUGGUUUCUGAGGAGGUAAUCUGCCUUGGUUUCUGAGGAGUUAUUCUGCCUCGGUUUCUGAGGAGGUAAUCUGCCUUGGUUUCUGUGGAGUUAUUCUGCCUUCGUUUCUGUGGAGUUAUUCUGCCUUGGUUUCUGUGGAGUUGAUCUGCCUUGGUUUCUGAGGAGUUAUUCUGCCUUGGUUUCUGAGGAGGUAAUCUGCCUUGGUUUCUGAUGAGUUAUUUUGCCUUGGUUUCUGAGGAGGUAAUCUGCCUUGGUUUCUGUGGAGUUGAUCUGCCUUGUUUUCUGAGGAGUUAUUCUGCCUUGGUUUCUGAGGAGUUAUUCUGCCUUGGUUUCUGUGGAGUUAAUAUGCCUUGGUUUCUGUGGAGUUAUUCUGCCUUGGUUUCUGAGGAGUUAUUUUGCCUUGGUUUCUGAGGAGGUAAUCUGCCUUGGUUUCUGUGGAGUUGAUCCACCUUGGUUUCUGAGGAGUUAUUCUGCCUUGGUUUCUGAGGAGGUAAUCUGCCUUGGUUUCUGUGGAGUUGAUCCACCUUGGUUUCUGAGGAGUUAUUCUGCCUUGGUUUCUGAGGAGGUAAUCUGCCUUGGUUUCUGUGGAGUUAAUCCGCCUUGGUUUCUGAGGAGUUAAUCCUCCUUGGUUUCUGAGGAGUUAAUCUGCCUUGGUUUCUGAGUAGUUAUUCUGCCUUGGUUUCUGAGGACUGACACAGCUGCAUGAUAAAAAAACCAUGACAUGAUAUGAGAUGUUUGUCUCUGUGUGUUGUUUUUCUGCAACACUGAAGAAUUUAGCACAAAUGUGCUUCAGUAAAAUAUCGUACUAAAUAUGAA